CCUUGGCCUCCCCGAUCGGGCCCCUCGGAGACCCGGGCUUUCCCGGCCGCUUCCCCUGAGCCCUUGGGCCUCUCCCCGGAGCCCUCCCCGUCCCCCUCGGAGCCCCGCGAACUCCGCGCCCGCUCUCCCGAGGCCGCGCGGGGCGUGGGGAGGGUGCGCUGGGAGGAUCGUCGAGGGGCCGGGAGCACACGUGGGGGCCCGGGGAGGCCGGCAGCUAUGCGCGGGCGGAUGGUACCCGGAAGGGGUCCAGGCUGUCGGAGGAUGUGACGAAGUCAUACGGAAGCGUCUCCUAAUUGAUGGAGAUGGCGCUGGAGAUGAUCGGAGAAUUAAUCUACUAGUGAAAAGUUUCAUUAAAUGGUGCAACUCUGGAUCCCAGGAAGAGGGAUACAGCCAGUACCAACGUAUGCUGAGCACACUGUCCCAAUGUGAAUUUUCAAUGGGCAAAACUUUGCUGGUGUAUGAUAUGAAUCUCAGAGAAAUGGAAAACUAUGAAAAAAUUUACAAAGAAAUAGAAUGUAGCAUUGCUGGAGCACAUGAAAAAAUUGCUGAGUGCAAAAAGCAAAUUCUUCAAGCAAAACGAAUACGAAAAAAUCGCCAAGAAUAUGAUGCAUUGGCAAAAGUGAUCCAGCGUCAUCCAGACAGGCAUGAGACGUUAAAGGAACUAGAGGCUCUGGGAAAAGAAUUAGAGCAUCUUUCACAUAUUAAAGAAAGUGUUGAAGAUAAGCUAGAAUUGAGAAGGAAACAGUUUCAUGUUCUUCUUAGUACCAUCCAUGAACUUCAGCAAACACUGGAAAAUGAUGAAAAGCUCUCAGAGGUAGAAGAAGCUCAAGAAACAAGCAUGGAAACUGAUCCUAAACCAUAGACCAACUAAUCACUCACCAUUCCCAAGAAUAUUGAAGUAGCAACAUGAUCUUAGUGUGUUCAGAAUUUGUUGUGCUCUUGAGACAUUUAAAGUUUUGGCAGUGAACUAGGUUGCUUUUAAAUUUUAAUGCAGUUCAUUCAUAUUUCUUCACACAAAGGGAGAUGACUUCAUUAUAUAUUUGUUUUUAUUGAAAUGCCUUUUUUAUACUUAAAAGAUAGGAAGCAACAUCCAAAAAUGUUUAAUGAAAUAUUUUCAAGCCAGAUAUGUUAGUGCUCAUUGGUAUUCUAGGUAGUUUUUAACUGGUAACAUUGAUUUGUUCACAAAAUAAGUGGAAGAUAGUGAGAAGGUGGCAUUUCUAGGAUGUACCUGAGAAAAUUAGUCAAUUUCUGGAAAUCGUUACCACUUUUGAAAAUGAAGUCCAUGAAUAGGCUCUCAGGAGGGCUGUGAACUUAUGAAAUUAUGUACAAAAUGUUUGUGGUGUAUGCUUAUUGUGGGAGAGGUUCCAUGAUAUUAAGAAUCACUGAUAUCAGAGGUAAUUACAAGAUGCAAAGUAAAUCAAUAUGCAUUACUUUCUAGAUCUCUGUCCUUAAUACUUCAGCAAUGUGGUUAUUAAAUGUUUUGUUGAAA